AACUAAAAUUUUAUAAAGCAACAUGUUUGGACUCACAUUCGUGAGAACACACACCCGACGACUAUAUGUGUAGAUGCAAACAAAAUGUCGAUGCUUUAUAGUCAAAUGACCGAAGACGACCGAGAACGAAAACAGCGUGAGAAAGGCUGGAAAAGCAAAAGCACGACCUUUGACCUGGCCCACCCCUUCACCCACAACCCAAGACUGAUGUCACCUUCUAGCUUCCGAUCUCCGCCCAAAGCCCCGGCACUCUCCGGUGAGCUCGUAUCAUUCGAUCAUGAGGCAAGUAUUGGCGGCAUGGACUUGCAAUGUACUGGUGUCCGUACCUCUACACCAGACACCCAGUCUUCAACAUCGUCAUCACUGAUGAGAGGUCAAACAGUUUCACCGGAAGCUCGCGUCUCUCCAGCGUCUGAGAGUCAGUCUCGAAGCCAACUGCCGUACACAUGGGAUCGAACUUUUUUGCGGGAGGAUCAAAGCCUGUCUCCGCAAGAUCACAGCUUCUCACCAGAAGAAUUCUUCUCCCUCGAAGUUCGUAGCGUUUCGCUGGAUAAUCAGAUUUUCUCACCGGAAGGUCAACCUUCUUCACCCGAGGCGAAUUGCUUUUCACCACAAGGUCAAACCAUAUCGCCAGGAGAUGCAUCCUACUCCCCAGACAAGGAGAUCAUUUCUCCAGGAGGAGACUCCUUUUCACCGACCACAGACAAUCAAGUCGUAUCACCAGGAAGCCAGACAUCACAACCCCAGGAUCAAACUUCAUCAACAGAAGAUCAGGUCUCAAUACCGACAAGACCUUGUCGCUCCUCACUCUCUCGAGCAAAGGAGUGCGAGUUCCGUCAAGCUGAAAAUGAGAGUGGUAUCUCUUUGUUCUCAGACACAAAGUUCAACACAACUGAAGAGAACGUUGGUGAGGAGGAAUCUCAUAAGUCGGUCUCAGACUUCUCUGAUGGCUCGUCUUCUGAGCUGAAUUGGUCGCUCAGUGCUAGCUACUCUAGCAGUGCGUCGUCACGAAGUCAAAGCGAUCAGGGAGAACGAUCGUUGAGCGCAGACGUCAUUGAGACAGAAUCGGCCUCCGUGUGCGCCAGACGACGGCGCCGAAGAAGGAAGAUUUCUGUUUCCAGGGCGUCUACAGCUUCGCCAGACGGAACACAAGUCGUGUCCAGCAACUUCUAUUUUGGAGGUUCGUUUACCGGCAACGGAACCUACACCGCCAACUUGAGUCAAUGCUCGGCGGAAGUUUCGUGCAUUCUGGCUGGGGCGCCACCAUGUGGUCGAAAUAACGUCGCCCGUUCACCCAUCGGCCAAAUCAAACGUUGCUGUGGUUACCGCAGUGACCAGGCAGACGAAGUGAUGAACUGGGAUGAUUUCCGUGCUCCGGGAAAAGGCAACUUUCAGACACCAGUCAAGAGAAAGUAUCUGACUCCCUUCUAUCCCCACGGUAAUUCUUCGUGUAAUGCUUCUCACUGCUUGCAACGCAGGCGGCGAGGCUUCAGACCGCCUCGCUUCAGUCAACAGCAAAGUUCAGAAGCUUCCACCGAAUCCUACAAUGCCGCAUGGCCAGCUCUUCCUAGCUGCCAGUCUCCAAAACCAACGGAAAAUCAUCUCGACGACCCCGCUAUCGUGUCCAUCGGGACGACCGAUGAAGAUAAAAGCACACCCUGCCCACAAAAGAUCGAGACUGUGAGUGUCGAUUCCCGCGCAACUCAGCACGAGAACAGGAUCAUCUCCUUCCUUCUCAACGGCGCAGUCGGCCAUCGAUGCGUACAUCCAAAUGUUUCCUCGACGAGAUUCGAUACUCUGCUGCAAGAUCCAGCCGUUUUAUACGCGUGCCGUCAGUACGAUACAAACGCGACCCUGCCGUACCGAGUCUUGGAGAAUCGAUACGCCUUGCCGGUACAACAACAAUAUUGUCGCACUCUACCAGUUGGAGACGACCCGGCGAUUCUGGCUUUAGGAGCACCGAUGUUUUCCGUCUAUGCUGGAAUGCCAACGUACAUGUACAUCAACGGAUACUGAUAAAGCCUGGUGCUUAAACCUCAAAAUUGUUUGUUUUUAAAAGACAAAAUUUUUAAGGAUGAAAUCACAUUUAGAGUAUGCUGUGGGCCUACAUAGCGUGCAUAAAUUUGUAACCUGUACCACAAAAAAUAAUAUCUUUUGCAUUAGAAUGUAUAUUAGUGUGUAUAGCUUGUCUCUUAUCUAGCCAAUAGAACAGUUUCGCUUUCAAAUGUACUCAGUUUUUCCAUGCUACUUUUUUUAAUUAAUAUUUUUUUUUUAAUUUGAUGAAAACCAGUGAAGGUACAUGUAACUGUAGAAAAAUGCUUGAGUUUGGCACUUUGGGUUAAAAUGAAAAUGUUACACGAGAAGCUCAAGACUACGAUCAACUUUACAAGCAGCAUUGUCUAAAGGCAUAAUAAAGCAUGACAUAGGUUUACUUCGACGUGA